AUGGCUUUCAAGCAGGUCCGAAACAGAGCAUCGCUUUUCCGUCCUUGGGCUUUUGGGGAUCCUCAUCCUCUUACACCACAUAAAGAAGAAAACAGAACAGAACAACCUACUUUAGAAACCGAUUUAGAUAUCAAUAAAUUAUUACAGAAAAGUUAUAAACACGAUAAUGAAUUAUAUCCAAAUAUUUCAGCAGAGCUAAAAAAUUAUCCAACUAAUGAAGAUAAAAGACUUUUUACUCCAUCAGCUUUCAAGGCUGCAUACGUACCACGUCCUUCCAUAUCAUUACCAGAAGAACCGAAUCUAUUUGAGACCGUUCCAAUGACUGGAUCUACUCAAGUGAUGAACAUUUUGACAGACUUACCUCUUUUACCUCAGAUGUCAAUAAACGAUAUUCCUCAUGGAGAUAAUACAAAAGUUAAAACUCAGAUUUCUUGUCCAUUUGACCUCGGUUCCGAAAUUUCCUUCCCGGUGGCACCAGGUAUUAGUCAACUUUUAGAACAGCCAAAUGUUUCUAAGUGGAGAUCGAAAAAGCAAAGACCAAAAAGAUUUCAGUGUCCUCACUGUCAGGUUUCAUUCAGCAAUAAUGGGCAAUUAAAGGGACAUAUUAGGAUCCACACAGGUGAACGACCAUUUGCAUGUGAUCAUCCUAGCUGUGGCAAAACUUUUACUCGAAAUGAAGAGCUGACUCGUCAUAAGCGUAUACAUACAGGUGUGAGGCCCCAUUCUUGCCUAUUGUGUGGAAAGCGAUUUGGAAGAAAAGAUCAUCUGAAGAAGCACGUGAAAACACAUCAGAGGACAAAUGUCGUGAGAAUGCCUGCUUUUCCAGGACUCCCUUAUUUCAUAAGUGAUUGCAUUCCAUGGUUUUAAUGCAGAGAAACCUACUACUUCGUGAUAGAUUAAAUAAAGA